CGUCUGAUUUGCAGGAUCCGACGGCGCGUUUUUUUUUUUGGACGAAAUGGUUCCUAAUGAAGAAUUACGAAGGGGUGCGGCUGAAUGGUUGGUGACUAUAGAAGAGAUGGCGGCCGCUGUUUGCAGGAGGUUGUGGAUAUUUUGUCUUCGAGCCAUGGUGAUCAGAUGGAGGCUGUAGAGGGGACAGUCACACUUGCGCCAUGGCUGGAGGUCAUGAUGCAGAGCAUGCUUGAUAUCAUUUGGGAGUUGGAGGAGGGGCCGGUUCCUUCGCUGGAGGAGUUUGUUGAUUGGCAUCAAGCUGACUUGCUCAUGCAUAGAUGCUAUUACGUCUUUAGGAACGGCCAGGAUCGCUGGGCUGCUUUGGAGACGAGAUUGUCGCCUGCGACAACAAUUGUACACAGCAGAGGCGGCAACAGCUUCAGCACCAACAUCGACUGCAACGACCGUAACGACAACGACAAUAAAAAUGAAAAAAUCAUCAACAACAACAACAACAACAAUGAGCUCGAGAUUAUUAACUAUAGCUCUCUUGGUGUCUUGAACGACAACUGUGGAGGUGACAUCGCUAGCAGAGGGAUCGUCGUUGGAGGUGGCGAGAACAUCGAUGAAAACGGCGGCAAUGACGAUAACAUUUUCAACAACUACAGAGACAACAACAACAACAACAUCAACAACAACAACAACAACAACAACAACAACAACAACAACAAACAGUUCAAUACUUCUGCUGCUGAUGUGGACGGCGACUUUGGCGAUGUGGCUACCGACGGCGUCUUUGGUCACGGGAGCAAUGGAGUACUCCUCGUUAGUGCUGACAACGACCUUUCCGUUUACGUCAGCACUCAUGAUGAUGUUGAUGCUGAUGAUACUACUGCAGCUGUUGUUGAUGAUGCUGCGGCUGCUACUGCUGUGGAUGAUGAAGAUAUUGGCGGCCUUAUCGCUGACGUGGCAGGUGCCGAUGAUGAUGAUCUUGAUGCUGCUGCUGCUGCUCUUGAUGAUGCCGCUGUUGAUAACGAUGACGCUGAUGAUGAUGAUAUGCAUGCUAUCGAUGAUGACGAUGAUGAUGAUGCGGCUGAUGCUGCUGGUGAUGAUGAAGCUGGAAUUGAUGAUACUCAUGACGAAGCUGCUAUUGCCGCUGAUGAUGACAAUGGUGGUCUUAUCGAUGAUGUGGCUGGGCCUGACGAUGGCGCGCGUGAUGAUACCAGUGAGGCCGAUGCUGCUGCUGUAGAUGAUGCUUAUGAUGAUGACGAUGCUACUAAUGCUACUGAUGAUGAUGACGAUGCUGCGGAUGAUGAUAAUGAAGAUGCUCUUGAUGAUGAUGCGUCUCCCGGGAGGAGCGGGUUGGGUAUUUGCAACAGGGUGGCUGCAUUUCUUUCGGUUGUCUGGGAUGGGGUUUUCUUCUUCCCCACUCUUCCUGCGGGGUUCUUCUGUGGGCUAUGGUGCGUAUAGGGGUUGGCUAGUUGGGGAUGUUUGCUAUUGCCCGACCAGCAAUAUCAUUCAUCGGGUUGGAGUUUCGCUUCCUCGGCUUGCUUUUCAUUUUCAUUUGACACAGGAAUGCUGCUUGAUUACCUUACCCCUAUGCUGCUUGCCUUCCCCCCCCCUCUUUUGUUGCUGCCUCAUUUAGGUUCCGGUGAAUGAGAGGCGACGGGCAGGAUAUUGAAGUAACGUUUUGCAUCAGGUACUGUUAGCUAUGGCAUGCAUUCCUAUCGCUUGUAUUAGUUGCCCAUUGUUAGCCACAUGGCGUGGCUUUUUGAAGUGUGCUUCAAAACCCUACGGUUUUUCGUGCAGUUGGUCAAUCCUCCUCCGGUAUGGGGGAGUAAUCAAUGCCUCUGCCUGUA